UUUCGACCACUCCGCCCAGGCGGCCCAGCUGACACUAGAAAAACAAUAAUAACAAUAAUCAAAGUACGGAACAGUGUCCUUCUCCUUCCUUCUCUACGCUCUCUUACACAGUUACACCUACCAUAAGUUCACAAGAAUCGCUUGUAGUUUUACAACUUUCGUUCCUUCCAACGACGUUGUAGACUAUCUUCUUUGUUGAAUGUUCAAACCCUAAAUUGUUUCAAUCUUAUCCGACAUUUCUCUCCGUAAAUAAUUCAUUUCCUACAAUGGCGACGGCUGCAUUCAAAUCUACGACCAAGAGAACUCCCAUAGGAGCUUCAUCGGCUUCUUCCACCGAUGAUUCCAGUUCCUCUAACCGCAACUCUUCCGCUUACCGUCGUGCUCGAAGUCUCAGCCGAGCCCCCCGCCGGCUCACUCCUCAGGACUCGGUCAAUGACCUUGAUGAAUUCCCUGUGCCAAGAGGGAGAUUCGUUAACACUGUUAGGGGUUCUGGGUUUCCGGAGAUCAGUCUUGAUGAUCUUGCCAUUGAAUUCUUCGAAUCUGCGAAUCGAGGUCGCGUCGCUUCGAGACACUAUGAGCCCAGUCCUGCGAAUGGAGCCACUACGUCACAGAGACGAGGGAGGUCUGUUUCGAGGAAGAACUCUGUAGUGAGCAAUGAUGGAAGGGGAAAUGCUGAUAAUAGUGCUAACAGAGGUGGACGGUCGGAUGAUCAUGCGAGAAGGAGGAGAUCGCUUUCGGUGGUACGGUACCAGAUUAGUGAUUCUGAGAGUGAUCUGGACCAUUCUCAGAAUUCUAAAAGUCGCGUGAAUAUCAGAAGUACUGAUGUUGCAAAUAAACCGACACGUAAAACGAUUGCUUCUGAUCAAAGACCAGUGCUGAGGAGGUCCCUUAGCCAAAAAGAUAUGAGGUCAUAUGAUGGUUACUCUAGUCAAUCUUCAGUUCUUACUGAUGAGGAAGGGGCUGGUGCUCAGCUCAAUAAAAAUGCGACUGAGAAUAUCCAGACUAUUUAUGCACAGAAGAAGGCAGGGAAUUCUGGCAUGGACGGUGGAUUCCACAAAGCUACACAAAAGGAAUUAAGACAUUCUGCGGAUGACUUCAAAAUGAAAAAUGAAAAAGUUGGGGUGAAACCGAGGGCCUCCACUCUAGCUACUGUUGAUCGCGUGCUGUCAAACAAUUCUGAUGUUCUUCAUGCCAUGUCUUGUAUCAGGAGGAACUAUGAAACAGAACUGGAACAGUCAGAGAAGCGUAAACAAGACUUAUUGGCUGAAAUAGUGCUGGAGAAACAGCGAGGCAGAGAACUUUCUAAAAUUGUCAAAGAAUUUCUCCCAGACAAAAAGAACGAUGCUAUACAGAAACCGUUAAGAGCCAGAAAGAGAAGUAAUGACAGGAACCGGAUGUCUAAGCGCUUGACUGAGGAAGCUGAGAGAUAUAUUGAGGAUUUUAUUUCAAAUGUCGAAGAUACUGAUAUUUCAUCACUUGAUGGAGAAAGAAGUGACACUAGCUCAUCCAUUGGAGGACUAAUAAAACCAGAAUCAUUUAAUAGCCCAUCAAUAGCAAGAUCUCUUCCAGUUGAAAUGGAUGGGGUCAUGUUGCCAUGGUUGCAGUGGGAGACGAGUAAUGAUGCUACCCCUGCAACAAACCUGAACAAGACAGUGAUGCCAGUAACGCCAAAAAUUGCCAGUUUCAUUCAGGGAAUCACCCAAUCACAGGAUCAAAGCAAUCAUUCUGUCAGUAGCCAUGGAAGCUGGAGCCCUAAAGGUAUUGCAGAGUACUCGGGGAAGAAUUUAAGCAGUAAGUUUGGCGAAUCCUAUGAAAGCCAGCCAUUGUCUACUGCAUCAUCUAAAGGACUGAAUUAUGAUAUGGAUGAGUACCUUGAACUCAAAAAAAGUGAAGAUCUUCUCAUUGAGAGGUGGAGGCAGCGGCAAAGAAUUGAUUCAGGCAGUCUCCUGUUAUGUAAUUUAAGAUUAUUUUAGCCUUCUGUUUCUGAAUUUACAUGUACAGAUAAGCUUAAUUCGCUGUUAGCAAUAUAUAUAUAUAUAUAUGCAUAGUAUUAGUAA